CGACAUCGCACCCGAUCUGAUCUCGUGUGUUGCUUCCAACCCACCCCGAAUCUCCUCAUCCCUCCUUGAUUAGCUUUAAUUCACUAUCAGACAUCACCCCGCAUUUGUCUGUUGCAAGCUUCCUCGCAAUGGCCGACUCCAACGAACCCCAGCCGGUUGUACCGGUCCCACGCUCCACUAAGCCCGUCAGCGAGGCCCUGCUGAACGAGAAGUGGGAUCGCGCCAUCUCUUCCCUCAUCAUCCGCUCCUCCCUCGGUCUCUCUUUCGGUGUUGUCUUCUCCGUCCUGCUCUUCAAGCGGAGAGCCUGGCCCGCCUGGGUUGGUCUAGGCUUCGGUGCCGGUCGCGCCUGGGAGGAGGCUGACUCUUCCUUCCGUCGCGGUGACUCCCCCGUUAGAGAUGCUCUGCGCAGGUAGACGACCCGGCUCGGCAUCUAAUUCUGUAUGAUACCUGUAUAGCUGGGAAGGAAAACAAAGUCGGUUUGUGAGGGCACACAGACCCCGUGGUGGUGUGGUUUAGAAGGAUCUUCUAGACUUCUCUUUACUUUUAGCAUGCAAUUUAUCGUCGUACCACUUCGAAUCUUUUUGGUGCUUCUACCCUAAUCAAGCACUGGAUCCGACUCGCAUCUUGCCCAUAGGUAGUGUGCCAUGUGGGCAUAUGUGCGCCGUUCGUGAAUUGCUGGCUACGGAUUUUGAGCGAAACAGCGUAAGAACGGAACGCAAGAGAGGAGUCAAUUUUUCAAUAAGAG